AUGGAGCUAUUUUUCACAGAGACACUGAGGUCUCAACCUUCAUGGGUUCUCCUCAUCUCAUCGGUUGGCGCCGCCGUUACGAUAAAAUUCUCCUUUUCCUUCCUCCACUGGCUCUGCGUCGUCUUCCUCCGCCCCUCAAAGAAUCUCCUCGACUACGGCCAGUGGGCGCUCGUCACCGGCUCUACCGACGGCAUCGGCAAGGCCCUCGCCUUCGAGCUUGCCCGGCGAGGCCUCAACCUCGUUCUCGUCGGCCGGAACUCAGACAAACUCACCCAAGUCGCUGGUGCAAUUCAGGACGAAACACCCACGGUUGUGGUGGAGACCGUAGUCGUUGACUUCACCGGUGACCUCUCCGGGGGAAUUCGACGACUGGAAAGCGCAAUCAGGGGCCUCGACGUGGGAGUGCUUGUGAACAACGCGGGGUUGACCUACGACCACGGCACCUUCUUUCAUGAGGACUUGGAGGUGUGGAUGAGGAUCUUGAAGGUCAAUUUGGAGGGGCUUACGGCGGUCACCUCGGUAGUGCUGCCGGCGAUGCUGUUCAGGAAGAGGGGAGCUGUUGUCAACAUUGGCUCCGGGUCAGCGAUGGUCAUCCCUUCCCACCCACUCUUCUCAGUAUAUGCCGCCACCAAGGCGUAAGUGUUUCGUCUUUCAUGAAAUUAUAAAUCCUCAUUUUUUUCUGAAAUAUUUGGGUUUUCAUGAUGAUCGUACGACACUAAAUAAAUUAAGAUCACAUUCUUGUGGUCAAUGUUGUUCUUCGUGAAACUUUCUAAAUACAGCCAAAUAGUUCAUUUUAUAAUGCCCGUUUCAAGACUAGUGCUACCGAAUUAUUAAGCCAAUAUUAUCUUGCUCUUAGAAAAUUCUCAAUUCCGUCAGCUAUGCUAACACUGUUUCCUUGAAAUCUCAUUAGGUAUGUUCAUAGUAUCUCCAGAAGUCUGCACAUCGAGUAUAAGAAGAGUGGGAUCGAUGUUCAAUGCCAGGUUGUCGUAAUUUCUUCUCAGAGCUUUUAAAAUCAAGGCCAACUGACCCGGGUUCUUUUAAAAUCUCAUAGCUUCUUAGAGAUAAAUUAUCUUAUAAAUUAAAAGCGGAUGACUAAACUAAACUAGAUUAUCUAUGUGUAAUACUCCCGUUUUACAGUCAGAUAUCAAAAUAGAUGAUUGACAUGUGUAAGGAAACUAGAUUCUAAGCCCUUUUGCUCAAACGCUAUAACCUUUUAUUUUGUUUAUGGUUUCUGUAGUCCAUCUGUAUUAAUGUGAAGGAAAUUUCUGGCUUCAUGAACACCAUUUACUAUCACUUAAUCUUGUUUUCUUGUGCCUUUCAGAUUCCCUUGUAUGUUGCAACAAACAUGGUGUCAUUCAAGAAAGCUUCUUUCUUUACGCCAUCGCCAACGGAGUUUGCUCGCCCUGCCGUGACACGUUUCGGUUAUGAACCACAGUGCAUGCCGUACUGGCCUCAUACCCUCCAAUCUUGUGGUGUCAAACUAAUCCCAGAUCGUCUUAUGAAUAAAUGGCGACUCGCUUAUGGUCUCAGUAGAAGGCGGCAAAAGGAUUCCAGCUGA